UGCUUUGUUUUGUACUUGUGUGUUUCAUGGCUCUCUUUAACUUCUCGUCACUGUGUCUGUGAUGAACGGGUUCAUAUCUUCAGUUCAGCAAAGUGUCAAUGUUUUGGUGCUGAAGAAACAUAUCGGUGAGAAAAUGGUAUUAUGGCGAGGCACUUCCGAGGAACAUUGGCUGAAUUAAUUAUGGCAGAAUUAAUUAUAAUUACAAACAUAUUAUGCUGUAAUGCUAAAUGUGAAUUUACCCAUAGUUUGUAAAUAGUUCCUGUUCUUUCCCUGUGUUUUUGGCAAGCUUUUCCCAAGACAUGCGGUUGUGGUGGGGAAAGUCUUCUUCCAAAGAGUCGAAGAGGAAGGCAAACAAGGAAACUAUUAUUGAUACAAUACAGCGGAAAUUAAAGAAUACUUCUGAAGAGAAGUGCAACAAUAAAUCAGGAAGGUCAAGGAGACAUCAUGAUGAUGCCAUAUCUAAGAAGGGUUCUAGAUCUCUCACACCUUCAACAUCAGCAUCACCCUCAACACAUGUGUCUCGCGUUCCAAGUUUUACAGAAAGGCCUCUUUCUCAACCACUCCCAUUACCAGGGUCACAUCUUCCAGCUGCCAUUGAUGUAAGUUCUGGAGUUAUUUUAACAUCAAAACUGGAAAGAGCCAUAGGCUCUAAGCUAUCUCUGAAUUUUCCUCUUCAAAAACCUGGCUAUGUAUCAAACAAGGAAGAUCCUACAGAUGCAGCAGGAGAUAUAGCCUCUGCAUCUGUUUCUAGUGACAGCUCAAUUGAUAGUGGCAACUCAUUUGAUUCGCCACAUCUUGUUAGUCCACUGGCAUCUGACUGUGAAAAUGGAAACCCAGCCACCAUUAAUAGUUCUUUAAGUGUGGUGCACAGGAAUCAGUCACUUAUUACUAUCCAAAGAAACUCAAGAGCAUCCUCAAAAUCAUCUCCUCAGUUGUGCAAUAAUAAAACUUCAUCAACCUCACCAAGAGGGGCUCCAUUACAUCUGCAAAAUCUGAAAAUAGCUCAACCAGGUGGUUUGUGUAGUGCUCCAGAUAGUUCAGUGUCAAGUCCUUCUAGAAAUCAAAUGGGAGCAUUUGGACCUGAGCAAAUGUUGAACUCUGAAUUACACACAGGAAAGCCUUAUCCAGAUAUACCUUCUGGGCGCUGCUAUAAUCCAGUUUCGGGUCGUGAUUCUGGUCAUAAUUCAGUUGGGGGGGAUAUUUCAGGACAGAUGAUUUUGCCACAGAACAAGCGUAGCCCUGAGUGUUCUUCAAUACCUAGUCCCAGAAUUACAAGCCCUGGUCCCAGUUCCAGGACACAGAGUGGUACUGUGACCCCUCUGCAUCCUAAAGCUGGAGGCGCUGCAGCAGAAGCACCUACAAGACGUCCUGAUGAUGUGAAACAAAAAAAUCAUCAGUUAGCAAUUCCUCCAAUAACAGCCACUAAAUCUUGUCCAUUUUCUCCAACCUAUUCUGCAUUGACAACUCCUUCAGCCCCUCGUAGUCCUGGCAGAUCAGAAAAUUCAUCAAGCCCAGGUUCACGCUGGAAAAAGGGGCAGUUGCUUGGAAGGGGAACAUUUGGACAUGUAUAUCUUGGUUUUAACAGAGAAUGUGGUGAGAUGUGUGCAAUGAAGGAGGUAACCCUUUUUUCUGAUGAUGCUAAAUCAAGGGAAAGUGCGCAGCAACUUGGCCAAGAAAUUGCAAUGCUUAGUCAGUUGCGGCAUCCAAAUAUUGUUCAGUAUUAUGGAUCUGAGACGGUAGAUGACAGACUUUAUGUAUACUUGGAGUAUGUCUCUGGUGGGUCAAUCUAUAAGCUGGUUAAAGAAUAUGGCCAGUUAGGUGAAAUUGCUAUUCGUAAUUAUACUCGGCAAAUUCUAUUAGGACUUGCGUAUUUGCACACCAAGAACACUGUUCACAGGGACAUUAAAGGAGCAAACAUAUUGGUGGACCCUAGUGGGCGGAUAAAAUUGGCAGAUUUUGGGAUGGCAAAGCAUAUAAGCGGGUCCUCUUGUCCAUUUUCUUUCAAAGGAAGUCCUUACUGGAUGGCACCUGAGGUUAUAAAAAAUUCAAAUGGUUGUAAUCUUGCGGUUGAUAUAUGGAGUCUAGGAUGCACUGUUUUGGAGAUGGCAACAACAAAACCUCCUUGGAGCCAAUAUGAAGGGGUUGCUGCUUUGUUUAAGAUUGGGAAUAGCAAGGAACUUCCUACAAUUCCAGAUCAUCUAUCAGAAGAUGGAAAAGAUUUUGUCAGGCUUUGUUUGCAAAGGAAUCCUCUAAAUCGUCCCUCAGCUGCUCAACUUCUAGAUCAUCCAUUUGUUAAAAAUGCUAUGCUGGAAAGAUCCAUUUUAACUGCCGUUCCUUCAGAAGAUCCAACUGCCAUAAUAAAUGCAGUGAGAUCUCUGGCCGUUGGACCUGUAAAACAUAAUUUAUGCUUAGACUCAGAAGUGGCUGGGAUCUAUCCACUCAGAAGCUUGAGAACUGGUUCUGGAUCAAGCAAUGCUCAUACACCAAGGAACAUCUCUUGUCCCGUUUCUCCCUCUUUGCCUUAUAAAUCAUUGCAUAGAAGUGGAAGAAUGUCUCCUUCUCCAAUACCCAGCCCUAAUACUGCAUCUGGCUCAUCUUCACCACUAACCAGUGGUGGCGGUGCUAUUCCAUUUCAUCAGACAAAGCAACCACUAUUUUCACAUGAAGUUGUGGGUAUGAUCCAAAAGUCUCAGAAUGGCGCUAUUCCAACAGGUAGACCUUGUGCUGUGUCUGGCUCAUCUUCACCACGAACCAGUGGCGGUGGUGUUGUCCCAUUUCAUCAGACAAAGAAGACACUAUUAUCAUAUGAAGUUGUGGGUAUGAUCCAAAAGUCUCGGAAUGGUGCUAUUCCAAUAUCUAGCCCUCAUACUGCAUCUGGUUCAUCUUCGCCACUAACCAGUGGUGGUGGUGCCAUUCCAUUUCAUCAGACAAAGCAACCACUAUUCUCAAAUGAAGUUGUGGCUAUGAUCCAAAAGUCUCAAAGUGGUGCUAUUCCUAUAUCUAGCCCUCGUACUGGGUCUGGGUCAUCUUCGCCACUAACCAGUGGUGGCGGUGCUAUUCCAUUUCAUCAGACAAAUCAACCACUAUUCUCACAUGAAGUUGUGGGUAUGAUCCAAAAGCCUCCGAAUGUUUUUUAUUCAAAUGGAAAUACUGCUUAUCAGGGGUCUAAGCAUGAGCAGUUUGGGAGAAACUUGCAAACUACACAUCCUUGCUGGGAUGUAGUUUCAUCUGAUAAUGAUGCUCUUCCAAACCAUUCCAGGAGGGCUGUCCAGGGAGACCCAAUAAAAUUUCGUGAUGAGAAGUCAUGCUUGGCUGAUUGUGUGUCACAGCAACUGUUGAGGGAUUAUGUUCGCCUAAAUGCAUGCCUUGAUAAUAAGCUCAAUACCCCAAAUCCUGAUUGCAUUAAUGGCUUGUGAUCUGCAUGUCAGCGAUCAUAUGGUAACACCAGGCAUUAAAGUUUUGAAGGUUAAGUGUAUUUGGAAAGUGUAAGUUUACAUGAUCAUGGAAUAUGGCUACAUUAGAGUACUAGGCAAAAUGCUAUUUUUGUUUGGAGUUUCAGAAGGUUUUCUGAAGUCUGCGUUUUCUUUGGAGACGCAACAUUCAGUCUCACCAUGCUUUAAGGAAAUGUGUACAUUAUAAACUUUAUUGCUGUCAUUUCGUGGUUUAUCAUCAUCCUAGCUGAAAAUGGUGGUGGCGCCACAGCCUAUAGAAAUUAGAAACAAAUGUAUAUUGCAGAAACCCAGUCAUAGUUGAUUCAAUCAAGAGUUUCCUCCUGUAACUGUCGCCUUUGGGGGUUC